AUGGCCAUCAAUACGGAGGCCACAUCCACUGCCAUUUGGUGGAUCAAGAACCCAAAGGAGUCCAGAGGCAGAAGGAAAAACAAGAAGGGACCUUCUGGGCUGCGCAAGCAAUCCCUGGGCUCCGCUUUUUGCUUGGAUAUGGCAGAUCUGCUGCGGAAUAUAUCCAUGCAGGGAUACAACAAACUAUUGUCGCCAGAUAUAACACUGGGACAAAGAAUGAUUUGGUUGCUGCUGCACACCGCCACCACGGUCUCCCUCAUCGUGGUGCUAUCCCUGACCUGGGAACAGUUUGUGGCGCAAUCGUUUGUGACCAAUCUGAAGGAUCCGCUCUAUCCCGUGGAGAAUGUGCCCUUUCCGGCAGUCUCCAUAUGCUCCAACAAUCGCAUUUCCAGAGAGGCAGCCUUCAGAUAUGCGAUUGAGUUACAAGCCAGAAGUCCCAUAAGUCGACCCGUGGAGUACUAUCUGGAGCGUCUGAUGUUCUUGCGAGAGUUCUAUGUGCAUGUGGGUGUCGUCGUGGACACGGACGACUUUGGCAGCUUUCAAACGUUUCUCGAUGUCUUUGGCACGUGGGACAACGAAACCUUUUACGACACGCGACGCAUCAUGAAAAUGCUCACUCCCAAGUGUGAGAACUAUGUGCUCAAGUGCACGCUGGCCAAUGUGGAUAUUCCGUGCUUCAGCAAGGCUGCCUUCCAGGAGAGCCUCACGCAGUACGGUCCCUGCUGCACCUUCAACAUGGAGAACAGACUCAAGCAGCGCAACUUCAAGAACCGCUUGGCCAGUGCAGAGCUCGGUCUGACGGUUGUGCUAAACUCCAGCCACUCGGAUCACUUUGCUCCCAUUCUGAACACCGAUGGAUACAUUGUCCUCAUCCACAGUGCGGACAAUUACGCUUCAGUGACCUCCUCGAAUGCGCUGGAGAUGUUUCCGGGCCAGAGGGAGGAAACUUCGCUGCAAAUCCACGCUCGAGUGGUGGACACGGACGACAGCUUGAGCUCCUUCUCCCCGUUUGGGAGGCACUGCUACUUUGACCACGAGGCCCAGACAUCCAGCAAUGAGCAGCAACGGCUGCUGAAGUCCACUUACUCCUUCCCCAACUGCGUCACCAGGUGCAAGAUUCGUAGCGUUAUAGCCCUGUGCCGCUGCCUGCCCUUCCAGAUGCCGCUCGAACUGGUGGAGAACCUCGAUGGGGUUGUCUACUGCACACUCGGGCAUGUGCCCUGCAUCAAUCAGUACAUGUUCAAGUGGCGCAAUGUGCUGACAGAGCGGCACAUGAUCCCCGGUCUGGAGCGGGAGAUCGAGGAGGCUUUGUACUGUCCGCAGUGCCUGCCCUCGUGCAAUGACGUUCUGUAUGGCGUGUCCUUGAGCGCCUUGCCCAUUGACAACUAUUUGGCCACGCUGAAGCUGGAUGGCAACAACCAGUCGGAGUUCGACUCGGAUAUCUCCGUGCUGAGGGUCUACUUUGGCGAUCAGUAUGCUCAGUACUACAUCCGAUUGCUCAACAAUGCUUGGUUCGAGGUGUUCAGUACCAUUGGCAACAUCAUGUCCAUCUUUGUGGGCUUCUCGAUGGUGGCCAUCUUCGAGAUUCUCUACUUUCUGUCCAAGCACAUUUAUAUUGGCUGCCAUCGCAUUGUCGAGAAGAAUCAUGACGACAGAAAGGCCAAGGCGCUGGAGGAAAAACAGCUCUACAUAUGUCCAUAG